GCUCGAGCCGGGCUGCGGCCGCGGCGCCGGGCCCUCGCCGGCGGCGCCCGCCAUCCCCCGGGUUGGGGGGCGGGCGGCUGCGCAGGCCGCCGGCCGGGCCGGGCGCCAUGGCGGGCUUCUUCCGGGGUGCCAGCGCCGACCAGGUCAAGCAUAACAAUGCCGACCAGAAGCUGAUCAACAAGCUGACCAAGGAGGGACGGUUUCCUGCCCACUUCAGCAAGAAGGUGGACAUGGCCAAGGUCUCCAUGGACGUCAUGAGGCCGUGGAUCACCCAGAAGAUUACCGACCUCCUCGGGUUUGAGGACGACAUCGUGGUCGGCUUAUGCCUGGCACAGCUGGAGGAGAAGAAGGAAGCUGGAGACAAAGGCGUCGACCCGAAGUCGCUGCAGGUCAACCUGACGGGCUUCAUGGAGCGCAAGGCGGCGCCCUUCUGCUCCGAGCUGUGGAAGUACCUGCUGCAGGCCCAGGAGAGCCCCGUGGGCGUGCCCCAGGAGAUUCAUCGACAAGAAGAAGAGUGAGCUUCAGCAAAAGCGCGAAGAGGCCAACAAGGUCCAGGAGGAGCUGAAGCGUCGCAAGGCGGACCUGGAGGCGGCGCAGAGGGGCGGGGCCCGCGACCGUGGCGGCGACCGCGGGGGCGCCGACCACAGGGGCGACGACCGCAGGGGCGACGACGACCGCAGGGGCGGCGCCGACCGCGGGACCGAGCGGCAGGGGCGACCCCCCCGCCAAGGAGAACUCCAGAAGCAUCGCCCGGAGGAGCGCGGAGACGCGCAGGGAACCACGGCGAGCGGCCUCCCCGAUGUCCGGGGGCUCGCCGAGCCCCCAGCCGCGGAAGCGGCGGCGCUUCGACUGACCGCGGCGCCUGAGCGGCCCACGCCCGCGGGCCUCUGCAGCGCUUCUUGGGAACGCCCCGCGCAAUACGGGUGAAGCCACACCGCGCGGUCGGCCGUGCCAGGCGGGAGAGGCGAUGCCACGGCGCGUGCCGUGCGUACAGCCAACCAGCAUAGCAAUCUAGUAGGGACGGGCAGCCUUCCCAGGGGUACCCCCUGCAUUCUCGCCGCCUCGGUCCAUCCUUGGCCACUCUCGUUGGCCGCACCCCGCUCGAGAAACGCCGGGCGGGGCGAGAGGGUCGAGGCCGGCGCUCCUUCCGUCCGGCUGCAG